AUGCAGCACCAAAAAAAGGAAACCUUCAUAGAAACGUCCGUAAGCCCUGAGAUUGUAAUGGAGAGGGCAUCGGCACACCGUAACCUGACAUAUGUGGAUUUCAUACCAGAGUGCCUGGAAGAAGGCGGCCUCUUCUCAACGUCCGUGUAUCAACCCUUCAGUGUCCUUAUGGCAAGGGGCAACGAGUGGCUAGCAAGGAAUGCCGACUGGGAAGCAGUGACGUGUGAGAGCUUGGAGUUAAAAACUUCAGAUCAGGUCCGGACUGAGAGAAUGAUCUACUGUGAACACGGCGAGAGACGCACAGCUUACGUCAGGUGUCUGAGGCUGUGGCUGAGGCGACGGAACAAUCUAGACGAACCUCCUCAGCAGCUUGGCUACGUCAAUUGCGUCCCCGAAGUCGUGGAACAGAAGACGUUUGGGAGUCCCAAGUUCCUGCCCCUCAGCGGUAUGAUCGUAAAGGUGAAUGAGAUGUUCCGAGCGAACCCUCUUCCAGGGAAGAUCAUCACCAUCGAAACCCAGGAGAUGAAGGUGGACUCGUAUUCUGGUGACUUGGAUCCAGAUCGAUCUUAUUGGGAGGAGCGUGGAGAUGCGCAGAAACUCUUCGUGUUCGUCAUUCGAAUCUUCUUCCAGACUGGUUUCUCUAGACACGAAACCGUUGAACGACAAGAAAUCGGCAUAGUCGACUUCAGUCCCACUUGUGAGAAUCCCGGCGGCUUCUUCAGUCAUCCCACGUACGAGAGCUUCAGUAGCAUGGUUAGAAGAAUGUCGGUUUGGUGCCAGGGUCAGAGCAACAUCCGAAUCACCAACAUUCAAAGUGUAGAAUACAAACUCAAGCACGACCAAUUGGAUACCCAGAGGACGUGGUACACCGAGCAUGGGGGUGUCAAUACUGGCAUUCGUCCCAACCGAAGAAAUCCAUCUAUAGAAUACAAACUCAAGCACGGCCAAUUGGAUACCCAGAGGACGUGGUACACCGAGCAUGGGGAUGUCAAAACGUAUUAUGUACGGAUCCUUCGAGUGGCAUUCGUCCCAACCGAAGAAAUCCAUCUUCCUCCAUAUACUCUCACCUGUCGCACCUUUCUACCUAUUCAACUCGAGCGAGGAGGAAUGUUCAAAGCACCGGAAUAUGAGAGUAUGUCCCAGACCAGGGAUCGAGUCGCAGCCUGGAUGGAACUUGUUGGGGCCACGUUGAUCAGCGCUGAAACCUCCGCUAUCCGAUUGAACACUGGUGGAGAAAGAAAGAUGGGUCCUGAGGCGACAUACACCUUCAACGAAACGACGCAAAGGCAUCAGGGUAACACAACCCACCGACACUCCGUAACCGAACGUUGGAUCUACGUCAUCCGACUUUAUCUGGAUGGGGAAUACGAGGAGCCGCCCGCAGAGCUCCUGCCACCCAUACCCGAAAUCAAGGAGGAGGAUUCCUGCAUUAUAAUUUGA